AUGCCCAUCAAUCUGUUCCCAUCUCUCUACAACACCUUGAUAUCUCAGAAACGUUAUCCUCUCAUGGACGUCUCGCUGACGUCCUCUCCUCUAACACCCUCGCCGUCCCCCACCUCCAGUAACAUGGACUCAUCCACCUCCGACGUCAUAUCUACCGCUUCCUCCGGUACCGAAACUACCGGCGCUACGUCUGCUGCUGCUGAGACUGCGUCCAGUACUAGUUCAGUCACGCAGAGCCCUGUCCCAUCUAGCACGCCCGCAGGAGAUACAGCAAGCACGGGUACGCGCUCGCCUACGCCAUCGUUGACUUCGAUGACCUCGAGCACUGACUCAUUCACUUCUACUUCUUCUGGCUUUGCCUUUUCUUAUUCCGACCCUGCAUUUUCUACGUCGGUACUGGCUACGUCUUCCGUGGCCACUUCACCUACUCAAUCAACCGUGGUCCCGUUAUCAACAUCUACCGUAGUGUCUGUGUCAUCCACGUCCGUGGCUUUUACUCCGUCUGUUGACACGUCUAUUUCGGCAACAACAUCUCCACUGACAAGCUCCACCUCGGAAUCUUUUAGUCUCGGAGAGACAUCGACGUCAGGUGCUGCUACAUCGAAUACAAACAAUACUGUUGCAAGCUUAUGGACUACAGCAGAGACGUUAAUCUCAACUACCACCGUCGCGAUACCCGAGACGGUUUACACCACCGUUUCACCGCAUACCAGUGACACAUACAUGCCCUAUACGUCCAUGUACACGAUGGUUUCUACCUUACCUGGUGGCGUUGGGACAACUACCCUGACAGUGACCACUAGUGGUGUUCUAAGUACGGCCGCCGGGGCAGACGCCAUCGGUAGUGACACCUCCCCGGGAAAGAUUGCCGCCAUCGUAUUGGGUCUUGUGGGGGCUGCGGUCAUCGUCGCCCUUUGGAUCUUCUGCGCUCGGAGACAUCAUCGCAAACGUGAAAGAGAUGCUGCCCUACUGGGUUCUUCACGGCAUCUCGGCCCGCUCGAAGGUGAAGUGUUUGAUGAUGGUGAAGAGCCCGAAUACCUCCGCCGGGGCUCCGGCAGUACUGGACCACCCGUGAUGGAGGAGCGUUAUGCGGGUAUACUGGCAGCGCUACACACCGGCCAUACGGCGGGGGGUAGCACAGACGGUGUUUAUGGAUCGCACCGGGACCGUCGGACGAAUGAAAAUGGAGAUUCGGUCAUUGAUACGGCCCGUGCAUCGUCUCCCACCCUUCCGUUUCAUGCCAACGAUGAUGGAUCACAUAUCACCCCCCUCUCGCCGCCGCCGGCUGUGGUCCUGUCAUCGCGCCCGCAGACCUCAACAUACGUGAAUCCAAUAGCGGAGCGACGCCGGAGGAGCUCCCCAGGGCCAGAUGCUGCUGCGUGGCUCAGCGGUCACAUCGCUCCAUCGUGUGCAUCUCACUACGCGCGUUCGCAGACCUUGGGGUCUGGAUCUGGAUCGUGCUCCGUCGAUGCACUCACGCGGACGCUUACUGGAAGUGAGGAACCCCUUCUAGGCACUGGAAAUCACCCUCAUGCUCAGACCUCGGGUGGGAAUAGACUUGGGCUGGGCUCCGCUUUUGGGUCUGCGGAAGGGUCUGCGUACAGUCCAAGCUAUUACGCCGAUGCCAGGAGCAGGACUUUAUCUGGAAGCGGAUCGUAUGCCCACACGAGGAGUAUGGCGUCCAGUAGCUUUGAUGUAUUGAGGAGCAUGUCGUCGCAGGGUGCAUUGUCGAGUUCGCACACUGACCAUGGCUUUGGUUCUGGAGGUGUCCGGAGCGUGUCGAGCGAUAGCAUGGGGCGGAAGAAGUAUCGGCAUGGGUUCGGAAGUCCGCCAUCGAGUUUCAGGGUAUGGAGAGAACGUGGAUCCUCAGUGCGCAACAAGGAUGACAGCAAGGAUCGAAGACGGAGUACGGGAAGCAGUAAUAUAUCUGUUUCGGGGUCCGGAAGUGGCGAUGAGAGGAAGGGUCGGUCGAGUCCUGCAUACGGUGUUCGUGGGUUGUUGGAUAGGUUAUGGAGAGUGGGUCAUACGCCUUCGCCAUCGUCAUCCUCGAGAGCGUUACCUGCUACGCCCACGAAAGGUUCGAAGGAAUUCGACGUUGAGAGGACCGCAGGCAUAAGAGGUGGCGAGGCCCGGCCUCCAACGCCAGUGCCGAUACAAGCGCCGGUUCCAACAUCCUCACGAUCGUACAUUGUUUCGAAUCCAAAUCCUUGUCCGCCCUCGCCCUUCCUGGACACGAACGCUGCAACGGUCUCAAUCCCACAACAUAACGACGAGCCGUAUAACCCUUACGAUUCGCUACGCCCACCUACUCUUCCGUAUGCAUCGGUGCCAUCGCCUGUGCCCACGGAAGCGUCAUGCCUUCCAGAGGGCUUGCUACAUCCCCGACUUCAAGUAGACGGACGGAGCGCCGCAAGCCUGCGAGAUUUCGAGGACUAUACGCGCCCGAUAGCUGGACUCGUCAAGAACCGCGUGUAUAGCACAACGACGUUUGGAACCGCAGACUACAGCGAGCCCACUCCUGCACACGACGCACAUGAAUUGCCCAGUGAGCCGACAGAUAGACCAAGGGAGAGCUGGUUCGCGGAUGAGAGUCCCCGCUCUCGUCUGUGUACGACUACGCUUUCUUCAUGA